AUGUCACCAAGCAGCCUUCAGAAGGUGGCAAACCUUCUUCUUUUCUGUAUUGGCCAGGCGACCGCCUUGAUGGCGAUGAUGCCGCAAGUAUCAGCAUCGCAAGCCGCGGCGACUCGCGUGCUCUACUUCGCGACGCUCCCGGAGCCAAGCUCCCCGUCAAAGGGUGACCCCGGGCAGCCAGCAUCGUUAUUUCCCAUCACAAUGCGUAAUUUUGAUUUUGCCUAUCCUUCGCAGCCCUCGCGCCAAACCCUGCGUUGUGUCAACUUGGGCAUUGGCAACGGGAAGUGUGUGGCGAUAGUGGGACCAAGCGGGUGCGGCAAGAGUACCGUCAUGUCUCUUCUCAUGAGGUUGUAUGAACCCCAUCGGCUGCAUUCAACAGGCGGGAUGGAGUCGAGCCAGCUUACGUAUGGAGGUGUAGCGUUGGACCAGAUAUAUGGAGAGCAGUUCUACUCGCACAUCUCCUAUGUGCCACAGACGCCAUAUCUCUUCCCUGCGACGGUAGCAGAUAACAUUGCAUACGGACUGGCCGAAGCCUCACCAUUGCGCCAUAGGAGCAACGUGAGAAGGGCUGCGCGGGAGGCGGGGAUCCACAACCUCAUCGUCUCCUUUCCCCGGGGUUAUGACACCGUCAUCGACGACGGCGGCCAGGGCCUCUCUGGAGGGCAGUCACAGCGAGUCUGCAUAGCCAGGGCGCUGGCACGACGGCCGCGGCUCAUGAUCAUGGACGAGCCGACGAGCGCCCUGGAUAGCUUGUCAGCAGAAGGGAUUCGACAGACCAUCACUGGUAUCUUGGCAGGCGCGGAGGAUGGUGGGAUGAGCAUUGUGGUUGCAACCCAUAGCAGGGAAAUGAUGCAUAUAGCUCAACAUAUCAUCGUGAUGGAAGCCGGCCGUGUGGUAGAUGAGGGCACCUUCGAUGAGCUCCAGCUCCGCAGCCAGGUCUUUUCAACUCUCAUUCACCACUCAUGA